AUGAGUAGUGUCCACUCCCAAACCAGCGAGGUUGAUGUUCCUCCUAUAUCUGCAACUAAACUAAAGGGUGGCACUCAAAAUGGCUCGGAUACUUCUAUUGUGUCGGUGAAGUCAACAAUUACGUUUGAAAAACAGAAGGUAGUUCCCAGAACCAGAACUAUGUCGGUACAGAGCGUUUUGAGCUCAUUCUCGCUUCGUAGCAUGAUAAAUAAUAGAGACAAUUGUGGUUCGCAGCAACAGAAUUGCGAUGAAGAGGAAUGCACUAAUACCUCACACAACCACAAUGGCAACAACAACAAUAAUACAGGUUCUGGAAGCCUGGCAGCAACGUAUAUCAACCCUAUACAGCAGAUUCAGUCUCCAGCAAUGGCCUCCACUAUGAUGAAGAAGCGCAAUGGUAAUGGAGGCAAACAUAAGCAGACUCUUUUCUCGGACUUACCGCAGUCUGAGACUAGAUCGAGAAUAGGCCAACAGUUGCCAUUCACCGAUGACAAAAGAAAGUCAGCUAAAGACUUACGGCAGCGUAGGUCCUCGUCUAACAUAAGUCAGCACUCGAGCUCUAACUCAAAUCCGAAUUCUCAGACGGAAAUUGAACAUGAACAGAAUGGCUCUGAUAAACAGCCCAAAGUCAAGUCCAAGACUCCUUCAUCAUCAUCCGCUAGUAGCACCAGCAAUAAUAAUAAUAAUAAUAAUGAUAAUAAUAAUAAUAGCAGCAGCAGCAGCAACAGCGAUGAUGCAAGCAAGAAUAGCAACAAUCAAUCUGUUGAUAAUGAUUCUAGUAGUGAGUCCUCCCCCAUUGAUUCUUCUCAUGAUUCAGAAUCUGAAGAAGAUGAUAUUUCAAGACAAAACAAGUUAACUACUGAUGCUUUGAGAAAGCUCUCUAUGAUUCAACAUAACAGAGAAGCUGCUUCCAAAUCCAUUCAAACUACACCUCUUACAUCUAGCGAAAAUUUGGUAGAUCCAAAGGAACCUCUGACACAGCUCACGUUUGGUGGAAAGAAUGUUAUUUUAGACACAUCUACUACUAUUCGUAAAAAUUCUGUGGCAAUAGAGCCUGCUAAGGAUCAUGCUGAUGGGCGCAAGCAAUCUCUAGAAAUUAUCACACAACCCACAAGCUCUACCACCGGUGCUUCACCUCACAACUUCAGUGAGACAAAAUGCUCUCGGUCCGGUAGCAGUACCUCCCUAAACUCAAAGAGACUUUUGCAACAAAUAAAUGAGCCAAAAAAACCAAUGUAUAUGCCUGCUGUAUUGAGAGAUAUCUCUGAAACCAAUAUUACGAUAGAUACAUUAAAGUCUCACUCUCCAGCACCAUCCGACGCUACUCAAAGUACUUUACAGGCGGCCCUCUCAAGACAUUCGAAUAACUCAAGUCCAAAUUAUGCUAGAAGUGUCCAUUCUACAACAUCAUCAAUAAUGUCCAGUUAUAGAAAUAAAAUUCAAUCCUGGUUGUCAAAUGAUAAAGAUCCUCAGUUUCAAUUGGCCCAACCAACUAGAGAGCACUGGGUUCCUGAUUCUAAGCGUUUGUCUUGUAAGUAUUGUCACAAAAUGUUUUCUUUUUGGGAGCGUAAACAUCAUUGCAGACACUGUGGCGAUAUUUAUUGUCAACAGCAUGUAAUGCAUUGGUUGUACUUAAAUCCAAAGGCAAAAUUCAUUAUUGGUUCAGGUGGGGUUGGUGUUCUAUCCAAAAUUUGCAAUAGCUGUCUAGAGGAAUAUGAGAAUCUUGUAAAAAAUGGUCCUGCCAAGGAUCAAAUUGGAAAUAAUCAGGAACAACAGCAAAUGAUACCGCCAUUCUCUGCAACUUCUCCAAACUCUUCAUAUCCUUCCAAUGAUUCUCGUCAAGAUGAAAAUAAUGCUGGUCAUUCAGGUCCACUUUCAAAUUUGGCAAAAGCAGAUAAUGAGAGAAACAUAGACGAGACAUUGAAUGGUUCUAGAAACAGCGUGAACAAUCGUCAACAUCUGGAAACCGUUGUUGGCAGUGUUCCCGCUGAUUGGUCAUGGAGUAGCUUCUGA